UGAUAAUUUCAGGAGUAGAAUCAACAGCGGCAUAUAGUUUAGGGGUCAAAGUAGAAAUUUCUGCUAACUAAUAGUAGUAUAAAUUGAAUAGACUUGCCAAAGACACACGACUCAAGCGUACAGAGGAUCACGUGUUUCCCUCGUGCUAGAUUCCCGGCUGGUGACUGCGUAUCCAUGGCGGCGUCUGCUCCGGUGGCGUUUUCCACUCCGUUGAAAUGUGGCUUCUUCUCCUCCUCUCAAGGAUUUUCUGGAACAACUCGAGGCUUAAACUGGAGAAAAUUUGAUAAUAGGAAAGCUAAGAAAGCUUCAAGAGGUGUAAUUACAGCAAAAAUCGAUCUAAAGCCUCCCCCUUAUCCACUUGAUGCUUUAGAACCUCAUAUGAGUCGUCAAACUUUUGAAUUCCAUUGGGGGAAGCAUCACCGAGCUUAUGUCGAUAACCUCAACAAGCAAAUAGUUGAUACGGAACUUGAUACAAAGUCAUUAGAGGAAAUCAUUCUUGCUACCUAUAACAAGGGUGAUUUCCUCCCUCCCUUCAACAAUGCUGCACAGGUGUGGAAUCACGACUUCUUCUGGGAAUCCAUGAAACCAGACGGAGGAGGCCAACCAUCAGGCGAACUCCUGGAAUUGAUCAAUAGAGACUUCGGCUCAUUCGAUGCGUUCAUCAGUGAAUUCAAGGCAGCUGCAGCAACGCAAUUCGGUUCUGGUUGGGCGUGGCUCGUCUACAAAACCAAUAAGCUUAAUGUAGGAAACGCUGUGAAUCCCCGCCCAUCCGAGGAUGACCAAAAGCUUGCAUUGUUGAAGAGCCCAAAUGCCAUAAACCCUCUUGUCUGGGGCUAUUCUCCGCUGAUGACUAUAGAUGUUUGGGAGCACGCUUACUACCUCGACUUCCAGAAUCGUCGCCCGGACUAUAUAGCUACCUUCUUUGAAAACCUCAUCUCCUGGGAUAAAGCAAGCUCUCGGCUCGAAGCUGCUAAGGCUCAACCCACCUAGCCCAGUAGGUACAUUGCGCCAAUACUAGAUCAAAAAUUUCAGACACUAGUGCCG